CACUAAUUCAGUUCACGCCUCUUAUCGGGACAAGCGUGUCCCACUAUUUCCGCGAAACACGCGUUACGAACAAACUUUUAUAAAAUUUUAAACUAAAUUAAAUAGUUUUUUAUUAUAUUUGAGUGAUAUGUCUGGAUUGUAAUCUUCGUGACGUUUUAUUUUAAAUAAACUAUAAUGGAAAGAAAAAGAGGAAUUCGUCCAUCUCUUUUGCGCGGUUUGAGUACCGACUCUCCUGACCCAGCGGGCUACGAACUCGACAGGAGCCGGCGUGCGUCACUCAGCGCUGAGCAACGACGACGCCUGAGCUUGCUCAGGACAUCGAGCAUCCCCACUUCGCUGACUCCGGUGAGCCACAUUUACCAUUUGGUACCCUGCCCAAGAAAAUGUUGCCAUCAGAAAUACGUUGUCAGUACAGAUCGCAGUGGUGAUAUUCAUGUCCACGUUCAGGGUGAUUUGAGCCAGCAGGACAAGAGAUGCGUCUUUUUAACUGUUCACGAUCUCGGCACCAACCAUACUUCCAUGGUGGAUUUCAUAAACCACCCGGCUAUGGCCGAGAUCAAGGAGCGGUCUUGUUUUAUACACGUUGAUGUUCCGGGCCACGAGGAGAACUCUCCUGAUCUACCUGAAUCCUACCCGUUUCCAUCGCUGCAAACUCUUGGCGAAGACCUCAUUACGGUGCUGGACUUCUUACACGUGAAAUAUGCCGUGGGGCUAGGGGAGGGCGCUGGUGCGAAUAUCCUCGCUCGAUGCGGACUGGCCCAUCCACGCCGUCUCCUCGGUCUGAUCCUUGUCAAUUGCACGGGAUCUACUUCAUCUGUUGCUGAUGCGUUUCGUACGAGGUUCUCUCGUUGGAGAGGAACUAAUUUCUCCCAGUCGGAGGAAGAUUUUCUCAUCUAUCAUAAGUUCGGACACGUGAGUUUUACGAACGAGAUCCUUGAUUAUAGCUAUCAGCAAAUCACGAGCGAUUCUACGGAGUCUGGGGAGCGAGAGCGCGAACGCAUGCUUUCGGAGUACCGCUCGCGUCUUCGCGGGAACUUGAACACGCACAACAUAAAGCAGUACGUGCGCGCUUUCAUCAAUCGCAAAGACCUAAUCCUUAAAGGCUGUCAACCGGACAUACUUCUGAUCACGGGCAUGUUAAGUCCAUACGCCACUGUGGUGGAGAAGAUGUACAAGGAACUCGACAAGGACAGGGUCACUAUACUCAAAGUGGAGCGAGCUGGUGAUGUUCUGUCUGAAGCUCCGGCGAAAGUAGCACAAUCGUUACUCCUGUUCUGUCAAGGUCAAAGUCAAUUGACGUCAUUACCUCCACCGGGAGUCGAACGGCGAAUGUCACGUGGGAUGUCAAUGGAGGAGUACGACAAGCCAAACAUAAGAAGGUUGUCUCUUACUCCGAGUCUCGCAGAAUCACCUCCGCUGAGGAAAUUGUAAGAUAUAGCUGGAUAAUUUAUAUCUAUAAAUAUGUUUUCAUUUAUUUUUCAUUGUAUUUUUUAUUACCUGUAAAUCAAAAUAUGAGGACCAUCUAAUUGUAAGCCAACAAAUAAUUACACUACGUAUAUAAUCUUGACCACCUAUGAUUAUAAAAUGGCUUUAUUUUUAAUGAAUAAUCAUUUUCUGAAAUAUUUAUACAUAUUGCGGUGAAUAAUAAACAAGUAUUUUGUCUUAUAUUGAUGUUAGUUGAAAUGACCCACCGUAUACUACGUGUAUUGUAAUGGGCGAAACUUUAUAGCACGGUAUUGCUAUUCUCUAAGAACAACUCGAAAUUCAACACCGCCGUGAAAAUUCCCAAAGCGAUAUUAUUUACAAGCUUCUAAGGACAUACGUAUCAAAAUUGCGUGUCAUAUCAUAUCAGUUCUUAGAAUAGCAAAUUCUAAAAGUUUUUAAUUUGAAAUAAAAUGAAAAUAUUUUCUAUAAAAUGUUCGUGAUUUAAUAUAAAAUAUGCAAUGCAUACGUAUAUUUAUUUGCAAUACAAUAACAGGUUAUUUUAUAUAUGAAUAUACGUAUUAAUUGCACAUUAUAUAAUAAGUAUGUAAUGAUUAAAAUUAUAUACCUAUUUAUUUUUCAAACGAUAUUAUUAAAUAUUUAGAAUAUUUUUGGAUUUUGAAAUUAUUCGAAAAUUAUAAUAUGCAAUAUACGGACUUUUUUUAAAGUACGUUUAAUAACUUAAAUAAACCCAAACAUAAGGAAAAUGUUAUUAAAAAAAAAAACAAACAAUUCAGCAAAUAAUGAGUUAUUUAAAUAUAUUUUUUCAUAUAAUAUGUUUUGUAAAUAAUAUAUUACUGUAUAUCAAUACCAUAUGCAUAUUUAAUUAGUAAAUUGUAACCAAAGUUCAAAUAUCAUAAUAUAAUCAAAUGAUAACUAUAAUAUGUAUCAAUAUUAUAAUAAGUUAUUAUAAGUAAAUCAGCAAAUAAGCUUUAACCAAACAGAUUUUGAAAUAUCAUUAAUAGAUUUUUAAAACGAAGUCAUAAAACGUAACUUUAAAAAUAUUAUUAUUUAAAAAUAUUUAAUGAAUAUAUUUAUUCUAUGAACAAUUUCUCUCGUCUGUGUAAUGGAGGAUGAAGUACUUUUCGUGUUUUUUUUUUGUUUUGUUAGCAGAAAUCCAUAAUAAUAAGCUAUUUAAUGGGAAUAUUCUAAAUCUGAAGUUACUUUAAACUUAGGUGGCCAACGUGGUGAUUUUGUAACUGCGAACAAAUAUAAUUUUUUUUGUGAUAUUUGUACAUACAUCUGUAACGGAUCUUGUAAUUAUUCUCAAAUUCGAUCUUCGAGGUCACUUGGAAGAUAUCUCUAGUACGAGAUUAGUAUUUCUUUAUUUACUUACAACAUUUCAUUUUAUGUAAACAUAUUUUCACCAGCUUUUCUCCUAACCAAUUGUACAUUGGUGCCAAGGAUUAUACGCAGACGGAUAUAUGUACAUCGCUGUGUAGAACACAACUGUGAAUGUGUGUAUGUGUGUUGUAUAGAUAUUUUUGUUCCGACUUUUAGACAUCGUUAGAUUUGAAACGUAAUGAGAUUUGUUAAGUUACCGUUUUAUUGUUUUUUGUUAACGAACGAGUUCUAAGUCAAAGUAAACUAAAUUAUUUAUCUCUUUCGUAUAUAUUAAAAAUGUUUAUGUAUGUAUAAUAAGAGUGUAUGUUUAUAAUAUAAAUAUGUACUAGAAGCAAAAUUUGAGAGAAAUUUUCAUUUUAUAUUAUUUAAUUAUUUUUAAAAAUAUGGUGUUUUUUAAAUGUACAUUUCUUAAAAUUUUCUGGUACACCUAAC